CGGCGGCGGCGACGCGCCCAAACUGGCGCGCGCCCGCGCGCGCGCAGCCCGCGGAACUCUUGCCGGCGGCUCUGCUCUCCCGGAGGCGCGCUCGAGCCGCCGCGGCCGCAGCCAACAUGGCCGAGACGAGCGAGGAGGUGGCGGUGCUGGUGCAGCGGGUGGUGAAGGACAUCACCAACGCCUUCAGGAGGAACCCGCAUAUAGAUGAAAUUGGCCUGAUCCCAUGCCCUGAAGCAAGGUAUAACCGGAGUCCCAUAGUCCUGGUUGAAAACAAACUUGGUGUGGAGAGCUGGUGCGUCAAGUUCCUUUUACCAUACGUCCACAAUAAGCUUCUUUUGUACAGAACAAGAAAGCAGUGGUUGAACAAAGAUGAAUUGAUAGAUGUCACGUGUACUCUGCUGCUUUUAAACCCAGACUUUACCACGGCAUGGAAUGUGAGGAAAGAGCUGAUCCUCUCUGGCACUUUAAAUCCAAUUAAGGACUUACAUCUAGGAAAACUGGCCUUAACUAAGUUUCCAAAGAGUCCAGAAACAUGGAUUCACAGGCGAUGGGUGCUACAGCACCUAAUUCAGGAAACUUCCUUGCCUUCCUUUGUGACCAAAGGAAACUUGGGAACAAUUCCUGCAGAGAGGACACAGCGACUAAUACAAGAAGAGAUGGAAGUCUGUGGUGAAGCAGCAGGGAGAUAUCCAAGCAAUUAUAAUGCCUGGUCUCAUCGCAUCUGGGUUUUACAACACUUGGCCAAGCUAGAUGUCAAGAUUCUUCUUGAUGAACUAUCUUCUACUAAACAUUGGGCAUCCAUGCAUGUUUCAGACCACAGUGGAUUUCACUACCGCCAGUUUUUGUUAAAAUCUUUGAUUAAUCAAACUGUGAUAGACAGUUCUGUGUUGGAGAAAAAUCCUUUGAGAAAUGAACCAGCCCUAGUUCUUCCAAAAGAUGAAGAAGCAACUUCUUCAACAGAGGAACUAAGGGUAAAUCUUCCCCAUCUCCUUGAAGAAGAAGUGGAAUUCAGCACAGAUCUUAUUGAUUCUUACCCAGGACAUGAAACCCUUUGGUGUCAUAGGCGUCAUGUUUUCUACCUUCACAUCACUUAAAACGGUAGGUUUCCUCACAGCAUGACCCAGCUGUCACCUGCAGACAGCCCUGGCGAGACUUUGAGUGACUUGCACCUCAUCCCAGCAGAUCCUCGACUGUCUCAGGCAAUGGAAAUAGAUGGACUGAAUGACUCAAGCAAGCAAGGCUAUUCCCAGGAAACCAAACGCUUGAAACGAACCCCAGCUCCAGAUUCUUUGGGCCUAGAAAUGGAGCACAGGUUCAUUGAUCAAGUAUUGUCCACUUGCCGGAACAUAGAGCAAGCCAGGUAUGCCAAAGCAUACAGGAAAUGGCUAGUCACUUUGAGUCAGUGAAAGUGGAUUAAUCCUAUAAGGGUCCCCUUUUAGUGCAAUAUUGCUUUCCUUUCUUAUUGACAUAGUUGCAUGGACUGUUUGUUAUCACUGGCUAACUAUGUGUUCCUCAUCUGUAGGUUAAAAGUCCAUAGGAAACCUUUCAAAUUUUAUUUAUUUUAUUAAGAACUGGCAUUCCUUUGGGGAUCAAUAAUUGUAUAGCUCCUUCCUACAAAAAAGUGAGUCUUAAAUUUUUUCUUUUAACUCCUCAUCUUUUGUAUUUCUAUAUAUGGGGCUUCUCACUCCGUUCUUAUAAUUGGUUCACAUGUGCAUCCACCCACCUCACUUUGAUUGCUAUAUAGGCAGAUUUUUUUAAAUUAAAAAUUAAUGUUGUAGUUCAGCUUAUAAACAUUAACACAGAUGCAGAAGAACUUAAUUUAUUUUCAGAAUCAAAUGGCUAGAUAUUUGGAUAUAUGAAAAUAUAUAUCAGUUCUGUUUUUCUAGCACGUUCUACUCAAGUUACAAACUACUUAUAACCAAAGUCAGAAGUAUUAAAAAUUUAUAUGAAAAAAUGCUUCCAAUGUAACCCAUUUUUAAAUGGUUAUUUAAAAAUGAAAUCUAAUUUAAGAGUUUAUGUAAGUGUAGUACUGGAAAUUAUUUUUAUUACUAGCUUUGAUAGAUUGUUUUUUACCUCAUAUUUGGUAUAUGCCAAAACAGUCAUAUCAACCCUGAUAAAAUAAAUUUUUUUUAAAAACCCAGAAUGCCAUAUUUAGUUAUUACUACUUUUUUUCUUCUCAAAAUCAUUCAUGGAAAAUGGGAGAAAUAUACAUAGAAAUGUAUUCAUAGAACCUCCUUUUUAAAAAUUUAAGUUAUUGAGAUUACACUGGAUAAACUACAAAUUUUUUGUGGACUAUGAAAAGUUCACUGGCAAAAGCCAGGGGGAAAGAAUAGUUAGGAGAUUAAUUCUUCAGUUUUUAUUCUGAAAAUAAAACAGAACACUUUGAUACUGGAUUUUAUCAGGGAUGAGGUACCAAAGUAUCUACAUUAAUGCUGUAUCUUACAUUUUCAAUAACAAGGGCUGAGUUUUUCAGGUUGGUGAAGUGGGGAUGGGGAAAGGGUCAGUUAAUGUUUACUUUCUUAUUAUAUUUUCCCCUUUGUAAAUUGUCUGUGUUUCUUCUUUCCAUAUACCAUUUCUUUAUUUUACCACUCCAUUCCAUAUUUUUUGGUCAUUUUGAUUUGUCUAUAAUUCUCUUCUUAUUUCAGGAAUGCCUACUGAAGAUAUUAUCUUCUCUAUUUCAGUAAAUUUCAUGCCCGUCUAUAAAUACACAAACACACACACACAUACAGGAAAUGCAAAUAGAAACUGCCCCUCUAAAAGUUCCUCUAAUGAUAGAAGCUGUUUCUUGUCCUACAUGUAUACAAAUGUGAGUAAUAGUUGUAGAAAUAAGUAUGACCACCAUGCUUUGCCUCUUCUCCUUUUUACUUGCUUAGUAAUCUGUAGGGUGGGGAGAAGGCUAUAGGGAAAGGCAGAUCUCUCCUCUCUCAGUCUUGUGACUAGCCUGGAUUUGAGUUAGAAGUAUUAUUUUAAGGGAAGAGGAAUAAAUCCUUUAUUUGAGUAUCAUGACUUUGUUAAGUGAUAGACUGUCAAACUGAAUGAUACACUUGUAAGAACAACAGGAAAAUUAUCUAGCCUGGCCUCAGUAGACAGAUGUUGCUCUUAUCUCUUGGGGCAAAAAGUACCAUUUUUAUAGUUCAUACAAUAUUUGAGAAAAUAAUUGCCAUAAUGAACUUAAUUCCACAAUCCUUUGUGCACAGAACUUAUUUCGAAUCAGAUACCUCAAGGUCUAUGUAAAUUUCUAUGGAUAAAACCCAGUAGAUUUGUGAUUUUCAACUCCAGUUGGGGUUGGGUAGAAACUACACAGAGACAACAUGGGAGGUUCCACACAUUCCAGUAAUACAUGUUGCCAAAUUCUGGCUACUGUUUUCCCAAGCAUCAUUUUUAGUAUCCUAAGUAAUAGGGCUUCUUUGAUGUGAGUGCAACUACUUUGAUGUGAAUACAUGUCAGGACAUGAGUAUAGAUAAUAUCCUAUGAACAUUAGUUAAAAUUUUAUAGUGCACCAUGCCUUUUUAUACCUUUUGCCCAGUAUCUUUGUUGUUAACUGCUCAACCCACCUCUUUUGGAAGCCAUGCUGUCCUUUAAUAUACCUUGGUCUUAUUUUCUUAAUACAGUUUUCAAUAGAGAAUGAGAAUACAAACAUCCAAAGGAUACUGUUAGUAUGUGAUUUUUGUAUGCUACUUUAUUUCUAAAAGUUGCAUUUUCAAGUGUUCGGUGGUAGGCAAACUUAGAAUUGCUCUGUAUGGUUUUUUUUUUUCCCCAAGUGAUUGACAUUUAAACUGACUAGCAUGAUAAUGUCUUUGCCUAAAUGAGCUCAUAAGGUAGAAAGAAUAUGUCUCUUUUCAGGGACUUGUUAGCCUUAUUUUUCUGCAAAUAUGUAGUUGUUAAAAGGGAAAGAUGGUUUAGAUUUGACCCAUUUCAUCACACUUUCACUGUAAGAAUAAUAGGUCAUCAUCCUAUGGAUCCAGAAUACUACUGACAAGCAAAAAGCAGUAGGUAACUAACACCUUCAUAACACUCUUCACCCUGCCUUUUUUAUGUAUACCUAUUUUGGUAAUGUAGUAUUUCCAGACUCCAUUGUGUGCCUUGCUUAUUGUGAGGACUCAUUGACCAUUUAUUAAAUGAAUGAUUGAUUAACUGAAGAAAGGAAGGGAUUGGUCAUGAGUGAUGGAUAGAGUGAUGAUUGAGAAAUUAAUGGAUUUGAAUAAUACUUAGGGAGAGCUAUUGCAUGUAGAAUAAGUUAAUUUAAAUUUGUUUUUUUUCAUUACUUUGUUUAAAGUCAUUAAAUCCCAGCCAAGAAAUGCAGCUCUAGAAUUAUCAGUUAGCUGUACUUUAAACUACAUUUAAAAAUCACAGAAACCCACUUGCAUUAAGAAUAUUAAUUAUUUACUUAUAUAAGGACACAUCUUAUAUACAAAACUUGAGCCCUUUGAUGGCAACUGAAGAAAUUCUUUGAUUUCAAUGACUUGUUUAUUAUAUCUUUGUGAAUAGUUAUUUUAUGCUUCUUUUAUCCCCACUGAUUUGAACUGUGAACCUUUUAAUUAUUUUCUAAACCUGUAUUAGUUGUUUUUUAAACUUAAGGAUCUGAUAAAUAUUAAUAUCCACUAUUACAUCUUUAGAAACUCCAGCCCCAGACCUUCAGUCAUACUUCUUAUUCUUCUAAUACAGUUCUGAUUUAAAUUAAGAGCAGCAUUAAUUUUUCCUUUUUUUUUUUUUUUUUUAAGCAGUGCUAGGGAUCAUACUUAGAUUCAUUAAUAAUUAGUGGGUUAGGUGUAUACAGGUUGUCACCAAAAAGCACUUAAGUCUUCAAUUAAGGACUUAGGUGAUAUGUGGAAACGUAAGUUUUUUAAUUUUUAUGCAGCAUCUGUAGGAAAGCAUAUAUAUUUAUGUAAUUUUGAUAUGUUCAGUUCAUACUAAUUUGCAUUUGGUGAAUGAAUGUGUGUGUGUGUGUGUAUGUGUGUGCAUGUGUGUGCGUGCAUGUGCACGCGCUGCAUGUAUAGAGGAUCUGUAAUAUUACUACAAAAAUUGUCAGUCUUAUAAUUUUCUCUCAUAGCACCAGAUGGCAUAUGACAUGGGCUAAAUGCAAUUUAAUAGUGGAACUACACUUGCUAUACAACAAUCUCUACUUGAGCUCCCCUGAAUUAUAGAAGAUGCUGAAGAUUUAGUUGCAAGAGAAAGUAGAACAUGGUGGGGGGAUGCAAAAAGCUGUUAUAAGUUUACUGUUAUUUUCUUACUAGAAAAUUAUGGUUUAAAGCUAAGAUACUUAAAAUAUGCUAAAAUGUUUGAACAACAUUAUAACACCUAAACCUUUUGUCUUUCCAAUGAAUUUCUCAAAUAGAACUGCAAACUCUAGCAUUCUGUGUGCUGCUGCCUCCUUAUGCUCUAUAAUGAGCUCCUAUUUGAGAUGUGUGUUGAGGCACUGGAAAGUUUAGGCAAAUACAGUAUCAUAAAGACAGAGUAAGAAAAAUCAACCCCAAGAAUUCUACUUUCUGUCACACAGUGUCUUUUUAAAAACAACUGUACAUACUGUGUUAAUUUGAGUGCCUUUCUUUCUUGGGGGUGGGGCAUUAAACUCUAAUGUUUAGGUAGAAAACAGCUGAAUAUGACUCAUCUUUGUAUUUAUUCCCUUUGCUAGUCGUAGACCCAUCUCAUCCUUCAAUGAAAUACUGAUACAAAAAAGUAGAGUCCUUUAUUUGUAUUUCGUUAGUUCUCAUUUUUAAGUACCCUAUAAAGAAUGAGUUCUUUCUGUCUAGCAACUAACAUUUUGGGGAUGCAGGCAUUGCAUUUAGAGGUUUAUGUGUGCACAAUUUGAGACAGCCUAAAACCUGUGCAGACAGAGUUCAAAGGGAUACUGGAACCCCUCCCUAAAAUAAAUGCCAGAUGGUUGUCCUAAAUGAAUACUCUGCCUUACUUUAAGGACCUUCCUUCCCUCCCACAUUCAGGCCUAAUGUAGGAGAGUUGAAAGGGGAAAAAAAUUUUUUUUUCUUUAUGGGGAGGGGUCACAUGUCAAAAGAAAAGACAUAAAUUCUGAGGUGAAAUUUUAAAAUGUAUCGUUUUACAUAUUUGUUUAUGGGGUAGGAAUUUCACAUUUCAUGAUAGCAAAUAAUUAUCCUUUAUUAUUUCAGAAAAAUAUAUAAUUAAGCUUCCAAAGUGCUUUACAGAGAAUUCUCAAAUAAUAUAUUCUAUAGGCAGCAAUAUGCUUUAUUCAGAGUGGAGACAGAAAACCAGUAUAUCCAUUGUGGAUCUGAGAUCAGAGGGAAAUCUCAGGCUCCCAACUUACACUUCUCUACUCUCACCAGGCCAUGUUAACACUGUAAAACCAAACUCUUUGCUUAAAAAAAAAAAAAAACAAAAAAACAAAAAAAAAACAUAUAUAUAUAUAUAUAUAUACACACACACACA